AUGGCAGCUGAGCUGUCACGGUGCUCCUACGACUCGGCCUAUGCCGAGCUGGCAACCGCUGCUGUCAGCAACCUUGGGCAGCACAGGGGCGAUGUUCGCUUCCAACAUAACAGUAAGCAGCGGAGCGUCUUCACUGUGCUAGCUCCCCAGUUGGCGGGUAGGCACUUCAUGACGCACAGCGGCAUCCGUGCCAGGCUCCGCAGCGCGCUCAGCCGUGCCAGGCUGUCCUCUGACAACCUCGCCUGGGGCGAGAAGGGCCAUGCGGGGUUUUGGAAAGGGCCGCAAUGUAUGCAUGACCCUGACCGGAUGGACACUCAUGCAUUUCGACCCUCAUCCAGCAAGUGCCGGCGCCGCCGCGGCAUCCCGCCAGCUAGGCGAGUCAGUUGCCUGCAACCGGCAGCGGGCAGUAACAUCGCCAGCGGCGGCAAGGUGCAGGCGAUGGCGGAGAGGCUGGCAAGGUGCGGUAGCAGAGUGGCGUUCAGAGCGACUGGGCCGCCGUCCGGCAGCGGCGGCGUUGCCGUCGGUCUCAGCGGCACCACCAGCGGCACCGUCAUCGUGAGUCACAGUCUCAUGAAGCAGCGCCAGACCGCAUAGCCAUCAGGCUGAAGGCUGGCAAGCUGCGUUUGUGUCUGCUGAGUGUUGAGCAGUCGGCCUGGACCGCGGACUUGUCGGCCGAACUAGCUCGUCGGUACUAGCCGUUUGUAGUCAGGCCCCAGUGCGACUCGAGGGGGCGUGUUGAUGCGAAUGAAUGACGUGUCGCCCCGUGGCCUGUUUAGGUAACUUGUCAGGUUGUCGUGAGUAACAGCUGUGGCUUGUUUAAGACUGCCCAUCUGUGAGCAACGGCUGGCAGGUUCUAGUGUACUGACAACUCGUCCAUCUGGAUAAGCUUUCCAAGCCUUUAUUGGUAAUAGUAUUUCUUGGUAAUAGUACCUCAGAUUCACACGUUUACGCCUAGGUAAAGGGGCUAUCGGUGGUAGGUCGCGGAUCUCCCGAAUACGUGUAACGGCUAAUGUCUCC